UUCCAUGAACGACAGAGGCAACAUCUAACUCAAGAGAUCAAGUGAAGCCAAGGCUCAAGACAGAAAACCAGUGGGGUGUCAAAAGUCACUCUGAAGAAACUGGAGCUAAUGUGCUAUACAAACUGAGGAAAGGGAAGCCCCCCACACAGCAGAAUAAGCUGCCAACUGUUUUAUGACUGGGCACUCAACACACAAUCUGGAAACAUCUGGCGCAUUGAAUGCAAACUCAAAAUGAAUGAAUGCUACUAUAAUGCAAGCAUGGAAUUCUUUUACAACAACAGUAACAGUCAGACUGAAGGUGACUGGUCAGGAACUACCCUUAUCUUUGUUUUAUGUUUCGGUUCUUUCUUUUGUCUCUUCAUCUUUCUUUCAAAUGCACUUGUUAUCACAGCAGUGAUUAGAAACAAAAGAUUUCAUUUUCCUUUCUACUAUUUAUUAGCCAAUCUGGCAGCAUCAGACUUCUUUGCUGGAAUAGCUUACGUAUAUCUGAUGUUUAAUACUGGUCCCGUGUCACGGACUUUAACGCCUCACCUCUGGUUAUUGCGCCAAGGACUUCUUGAUACCAGUUUGACAGCAUCACUGGCAAAUUUAUUUGUCAUUGCACUUGAAAGAUACAUAUCUGUUCUGAGAAUGAAAGUUCACAGCAACCUCACAAAAAGAAGAGUAAUCAUACUGAUUGUCACUGUCUGGGCAUUCUCUAUUUUUAUGGGUGCUGUACCCAGCCUCGGGUGGAACUGCAUCUGUAGCAUUAAUACCUGUUCAUCGUUGGCACCUAUCUACAGCAGAAGUUACCUGAUCUUCUGGACUGUUUCAAACCUCUUUGCAUUUUUCAUCAUGGCAGUAAUCUAUUUAAGGAUCUACCUAUAUGUUAAAAGGAAAACUAUUAUACUGUCUGGACACACUAGGGGCUCCAUCAAUCGCAGGAAAACACCAAUAAAGUUGAUGAAAACGGUUAUGCUUGUUCUUGGUGCCUUUGUUGUCUGCUGGACCCCUGGCCUAAUAGUACUCCUGCUAGAUGGUCUAAAUUGCAGAAACUGUGGAGUGCAACAUGUGAAGAGAUGGUUCCUACUUUUGGCUUUGUUAAACUCUGUCAUAAACCCAGUAAUUUAUUCCUACAAAGAUGAGGAGAUGUGGCGUAGUUUAAAGAACAUGAUCUGCUGCGUGUGCACGAAUGAAGGCAGAAGGGUUUCCUGGGCACCUUCAUUAAUCCUGAACAGAAGUACUGAUACUAGCAGUCAUUGCAAUGAGGAAAGCCUCAAUCGGGGGCCAAUGGCCAAUGGUGAAAGCUCCUCUAAUUGUGAAAAAUCAUGAAUGUUUUAAAAUCCUUCAGUGGCAGUGAAUGAAAAACAGAUUGGACAACCUGAUAAAAAUGUUCAUUGUACAGCUUACUAAAAGGUUCAGACUGUGACAUCACGAACAUACAUUUCAGUGCACUAACCUGCACUUCCUUCAUAAAUGCACUUGCUGUCUGAAGUGUUUGAUGGCUGUACCUCAGGGUCAUAGAGUAACUGAAAGAACUAUAUACCUUAUCGGUGCUUAGUUGUUCUAACACCUGUGUUACUUCUUAUACAUGAGAGGAUUUGCUUAACACAAUAUCAGGAUCUAUUCCAUUUCCUUUAGGAGAGAUGUGGAUUUUAAAAAUGUUUUACUUCACGUGCAUGUCUUACAAGAUCAUUUGACAUAUUAAUCCAUUUACAAGGUCGAUUUUCUUCUGACCUGUGUAAUUCCAGGUUUUUAGCAUGGAUACGUAGUACCAGACUCAUUAGAAAUAAAACUCAGAUAAAAGAAAGGAUUUCAGGAACAGUGAUAUAUAGUGACAAUGGCGAUUAAGGAAUAAGUAGGAAAGUGCAGCAUCUUUUAUUUAAUUCUGUGCUUUCGCUUUCGUUGGAACUCAGUUAUCUGGUACAAGCUGGGCCUGCAUUGUUCUGCUGUCCAUAAAUCAGACUUAAGAAGUCUUGCAAACUACAUUUAAUGUAAGCAACAAAAUAUCCUGUGGCAGAUGUCCAGAUAUGCAGAGUGUACAAGUCUAAAAACAGGUGUUACUUUUGCACUGAAAAAGGCAAUUAGCACUCUAGUUUCCAUUGUGAUAAAAGUGUAAUAAGAUAAGAAUAUUGUAAGAACUAAGUACUGUAAGUUAUUGUGUAUUAUUUUAUGGUUAACAACUCUCAUUUUCUCCCUGCCAUUUCCACUUUGAUAUUUGCAGUCCUAUGUGACAAAUAACUAAAGCUGUGAUGACUGCAUACUUCCCAACAAGUGAUUUUUCAGCCCUUCUCAGAAACAACAGUGUAGUUAGCUGAAUCUUAACACUGCAUUCAUCCAGCACUGUACUUCACAUUUGCUAUCUGAUUUAUGAAGAAAGUUGCUUGCAUUUGGUAGCCACAUUAAAUACCUCCCCUGAAUGGAAAGGCAGAAGUUCAAAGUACGCUUAUGCUCCUGUGGUGCUUUGAAAUGUGACACCCUGACUCAAGCUACCACAAGCAAAGCCUUAACUGCAGUUGACUGUGAUUUCAGGACUUUUCCUUGGCAGCUGCAGCCACUAAAAUAUUAUUCAUACACUAACCAAAUAUUACUCAGAGGACAUUUGUAUAAAUAAGGGUGUUGAGGCAGUGGCUUGUUUUGUACAGUAUUUGUUUUACAACGCAUGUUGCAGCAUGUUAAUUCUUUUUAUAGAAUAUACUGUGUGGAAUCUUCUCAAAACUCUGAAAUAAUGAUGCUGUAUUAAACACAGCCCCUUCUGACAUGAAUUAAAUGUUUUUGGUGUGGUC